UUCUAUGAAACGAAUCAUUCUUUAAACUUCAAUCUUCAGACCAUGCGAUUCAUGCCAGUUAAUGCCAACACAAUCUGCGCUGGAAACUCGAAUCUACAUGGCGUCAUGUCCAAACUCCAACAGUCUCGACCUCAUCAAGGAAGUCGUUAAUGACUUUAAAACAAACUUUGGCAAGUACUGUGAUGGUGAUUGUACUGUGCCCCAGGCUGAAUUUGAAUGUUACGAGGGUCUUGUGACAUCAAGGUUGAUUGUGAAUGGAGAACUAAAGGAAUCCCACCAACAAACAGAAAUGUCCACUCAGAUGGAAAUAUCAACUUUCCUGGCUAAUAUUAAUCAAGAUUGGAAAAAUCGAGUAAGGGUGAUGGCCUAUCCACUUCAACAGUG